UCUCAAGUGUAUGCUUCCACUACAGCUUUAAACGAACACACAUACACCUGGGGCUCCCCUAGAUACAGCCUUCAGUACUACCAACCAAAAAGAGGAAGAGAAAUCCAGUUCCAUCCAUGGCAUUUUGGUAUCUGCUCUUCCUGGGGUUCAUCUUUUCCAAAGUGAGCGCUGAUCCCCCAAACAUCAUACUUAUCUUAGCAGAUGACAUGGGUUAUGGUGACUUGGGAUGCUAUGGACAUCCAACCUCUCUCACCCCUAACUUGGAUAAGAUAGCAGCAGAAGGACUGAGAUUUACAGACUUCUACACCACAGGAGCAGUUUGCUCCCCAUCCAGAGCCAGCCUUCUGACAGGUCGUUAUCAGACUCGCAGUGGGGUGUACCCUGGUGUGUUUUAUCCUACCUCACUAGGUGGGCUCCCAUUAAGUGAGGUGACAUUGGCUGAGAUUCUGCAAUCUCAAGGUUACCGUACAGCUACUGUGGGCAAGUGGCAUCUAGGAAUGGGGGUGAAUGGGACCUACUUACCUACCAGGCAUGGAUUUCAUCACUUUCUUGGGUCACCCUUUUCCCAUGACCAGGGCCCCUGUCAGAAUCUGAUAUGCUUUCCUCCAAACACAACUUGCUAUGGGACAUGUGACAUUGGAGAGGCUCCGCUUCCUUUGUUCUUGGAUGAAAACAUUUUGGAGCAGCCUGUCGAUUUUACAAAGCUUGUGCCCCUAUAUCAACAAUUCAGCAAAACCUUCAUUAAUGGAGCUGUGCAGGACAAGAAGCCCUUCUUUCUGUAUUAUGCCUCCCAUCACACUCAUUACCCGCAGUUUGCCAGCGCUGCAUACACAGGCCGCUCUCCGCGCGGGCGAUAUGGUGAUGCUCUUAUGGAAUUUGACAGUGUAGUAGGGGAGCUGUUGCAGACAGUGAAGGACUAUGCCAUCCAAAAUAACACUCUAAUCAUCAUCACCUCUGAUAAUGGGCCUGAAACUAUGCGCAAGGAGAGAGGGGGAAGCUCUGGGCAUCUAAAAUGUGGCAAAAGCACAACAUAUGAGGGUGGUCUGAGAGAGCCUGCCAUCAUAUACUGGGAUGGGAAGAUUAAACCAGGUGUAACGUCAGAGAUGGCCAGCACUCUGGAUAUAUUGCCAACAAUAGCUGCCAUUACAGGGGCACCCCUGCCCAACAUUACUCUUGAUGGUUAUGAUUUAAGCAAACCAUUUGAUGGACACAUGAGUCCACGAAAAAUGUUUUAUUAUUAUCCCCCCUCUAUUGACCCAAGCCGAGGUAUCUUUGCUUUGAGAAUGGGGAACUACAAGGCACACUUUUAUACACAAGGAGCUUUUCACAGUGAUACUACCCCAGAUGCUGACUGUCAUGUGACCGCACGGCUAACUUCCCAUGAUCCACCUUUGUUGUUUGACCUGGGUAUGGAUCCUGCUGAAAACUAUGACUUGCUUAAGAGAGGGGUCCCUGAAGAUCUUGUGCCUUUGCUCAAUGAAAUCCAACAAGAGCGUGAGCGGUUUCACGCAACUAUGGAGUAUGCAGAAAGUGAGACUAAUAAAGGGAAAGAUCCCUCACUGAGACCUUGUUGUAACCCAGCAUGUACACCCAAACCCAGCUGUUGCCGCUGUGGCUGAUGAUUGAUUGCAUCAUAUUACAACAAUUAUAACUUAA